UCUACGAUAUGAGAAGUAAAGGACAACAUAUCACGACCUCUGCGCUCAAUGAGGAGGUUAAAAAAAGGUACAUAUACAACGCGUCUAUUGAAAGCUUGCGGUUUUUCCUACAAGAGAGAAGAUAACCGCCGACACUUGUGUGAAUAAUCAGACAUUGUUUAUAAACGGAUCUAUUUUAUGAGACAUUAUACGAGUA